GAGAAUCAAGAGAUUUUAGGUUUACAGAACGUGACGGAAGCAAAAAGCUACAGUUCUGCUCCACGUUAAAAUAGUACAAAUAAAUUUCAAAUAAUUACUUUUUAACCCCUCCUAUAUCUUUCUUUCACGCUUUUUUUGCCUGCCCAUUUUCCUGUUAUAUAUAUGUGCAGUGUAGUCAUACAGAGUAGGCGUUCUUCAUAAGAGAAGAAGAGUGUAGAGAGAGAGUAGAGAGAGAGAGAGAGAGAAGGGGGUGAAAAAGAUUCGAUUUUUAUCUGGUUUUUGAUUAGGGUUCUUACGUUACACACUGAUUUGUUGAAGGCAUGGAGAAUGUGCUGCACUUUGUUUUCGGCAUUUUUGGAAAUGCUUCUGCUCUGUUCCUUUUCUUGGCGCCAUUGAUAACAUUCAAAAGAAUUGUGAUGAACAAGUCCACUCAGCAAUUCUCUGGAAUCCCAUAUGUCAUGACCUUGCUCAACUGCCUUCUCUCUGCUUGGUAUGGGCUGCCCUUUGUGUCACCGAAUAACCUGCUCGUGUCGACAAUAAACGGGACUGGCGCUGUUAUAGAAUCCGUUUACGUGAUAGUAUUUCUCGUUUUUGCACCGAAAAAGGAGAAGGCGAAAAUGCUUGGACUGCUGAGUGUCGUCCUUACUAUUUUCGGAACUGUCGUGUUGGUUUCUCUGUUAGUUCUCCACGGAAAUGGGAGGAAGCUCUUCUGCGGUGUUGUAACUACUAUCUUCUCGAUCGUUAUGUACGGUUCACCGUUGACAAUCAUCAGGUUGGUGAUCAAGACGAAAAGCGUGGAGUUCAUGCCGUUUUUCCUAUCAUUGUUUGUGUUUCUGUGUGGUACUUCGUGGUUUGUGUUUGGCCUACUUGGGAAGGACCCUUUUGUUGCUAUUCCGAAUGGGUUCGGGUGUGGAUUAGGGGCUGUGCAGCUGAUACUUUACGCGAUAUACCGAAAAAACAAAGGGGAGAUCAAGAAACAGACAGGUGAAGAAUCGGUGGAGAUGGAUAAGAUUGGCAAUGGCAAAACCGAGCAACAGAAACAAGAUGAACAAGUCUAGUUCGGAAAAAUAACGUGUUUGGUUACAGGGAUAGCUUUAACCCCCGGAUUCUGAUUCUUCGUUCGUUCGCUCGCUGUGUUCGAAUUUGAACUUGUCGUUUUCGUAUAUCUUUUCUGUGGUAAAUUUGAUGUUUUCCCAGUUCAUAUGCUUACUUGUGACUUGUUAGUAGAAUAAUAAUUUUGUCAAUUUUCCUUGUAUAAUCCAAUGGUUGAUGAAGAUAAAUGCUUUGGCUUUUCUUGAAUAUUUUUGUCA